AUGGCUCUCAGGAAUGUGCUUCUCAUUUUGGCCCUGCUAAUGGCAGUUGCAACUUCAACUGCAGCAAGAAACAGUUACAAUAGCCUCCACAUCAAGCCUGGCCACAAUCUUGCAGCAAGGCUCAAGGCCAGUGGAGGUCUAACCGAGUGCUGGAACGCAUUACUCGAGCUGAAGUCUUGCACAAAUGAGAUUAUUUUGUUUUUCCUGAAUGGCCAGGCUAGUCUUGGCCCUGAUUGCUGCAAUGCCGUGGAUAUCAUCACGCGUAAUUGCUGGCCGGCAAUGCUUGUUUCUGUUGGUUUCACAGCUGAGGAAGGGAAUAUAUUGACAGCAUACUGUGAUAUACCUCCUGCUCCUCGUGCAGCUCCUCCUGUUGCUGAUGCUUCUUCGGUGAUCGAUCAGCCUCAGGUUUCGGUUUAG